AUGAGUUUAACACAAGCACUUUUGACAGGCAAAGACCGUUGCGAGGUAGAUACCAACCAAUCACUUUCACCUGCUGCUGCUUUUCGUAACCAAUACUAUCUAUCACAACACCAACCCACUGCUUCAAAAACAACCAUGUCCCUAAAAAAAUCGCUCUCUAUUCAGCCUAUUUCCGAUGAAGACGAAGAUGAUAUUGUAUCUAUCGAAAGUGAUCAUAACACAUUGUUUGAACCUCAAUCCAGUACAACACCUAAAAUCGUAUUGUUACCAGAAGAAACCGAAAGACAUCAUUCAACAUUGUUAUCCAAACUUUCCAAGUCAACAGCGCCUAUGCGGGCCAAAUUGUCACGUAGUAAAACCAAUCUGGACCACCUGUGGGCAAGUUCGUCUACUACACUCACACUGCCGCUUAGGAAAUCAGCAGAAAGCGUACAUCAAAUGUCAUUAUCACGUAAAAAAAGAAAAGAAAAACAAAAGGAACGAGCGCAUUCGUUUGAUACGUAUGCUGGACCUUCACGUACCACAGCUGAUAUCUACCCUGCUCUUUUGUCUCAUGUAGCUUAUGCGUUGAAAGAGAAUGUUGUGAUCGGUAAAAAGCAAAAAGACAGUAUUCAAUAUCAUGAUGUUUUUGAUGGAAGAGAUGCUGUGAAUAAAUUGACAUCCAUUAUCAAGACAAAAGAUAGAAAUUUGGCUAUUCUAGUAGGAAGGGCUUUGAAUCAACAAAAGUUCUUUCACGAUGUCAAUUAUGAACACUCGUUGCGUGAUUCAGUCAAUGAACUUUACCAGUUCAAAAUACAACGCAAUACGAGUAAACAACGGCCCUCAUACAAACGUAAAUUAUCGUCUGAUUCAGAUAUCAUUAUGGAUAUAGAAGAAGAUGAGGAAGAGGAGGAGGAGGAGGAGGAGGAGGAGGAAGAGGAGGAAGAGGAGGAAGAAGAACCAGAGGAAGAAGAACCAGAGUUGCCGAAUAACACCAGAGAUCAUUUACCUCAUGGCGUCUUUACUUUACUUACCAAUUGCUAUUCACCUACAUGUACUACAAGCGUUUUGUGUUAUAGCCCCUUAUGUCCUAAAAGAAUACAACAGCUAAGCCAAAAUUCAUUACCUGAAGAAAAUGAAGAUAGGUUGUGGAUCAACACAGUUCCUAAGAGUAUUUCCAACAGUAUAUCUUUGAAAGAAAGAAAAAGACAAGAAAACAUUUUUGAGCUCAUUUAUACCGAAAGAGAUUUUGUAGAAGAUCUGAUCUAUGUAGAACAGAAAUGGAUCCAACCUUUACUUGUUCAUGAUUAUCUACCGAUUGAAAGAAGAGAGAAAUUUGUCAAGGAUGUAUUUUGGAACCUGUCAGACAUUAGGAAAAAGAAUACUUUAUUGUUGACUGGAUUUUUGCAGCGACAGAAACGACAUAGGGUUGUACACAAAAUUGGAGAUGUCUUUCUGGAACAUGUGUCAAAUAUCUGUAAGCAUUUUGUAGAGUAUGGAUCACAUCAAAUCAUUGGAAAGUAUAUAUUUGAAUCUGAAAAAAUGAUGAAUCCUGCAUUUGCUGAGUUUGUUCAGACGGUUGAACGUGCCCCAGAGUCUCGUAAGCUUGAGUUGAAUGGCUAUCUGACAAAGCCUAUCACACGUCUUGGAAGAUACAAUCUACUCUUACGAGAAAUAUUAAAGCAUACCGAUGAGGAGCAUCCAGACCGCGAAGCAAUACCUCAAGUUAUGCAACUCAUCAACCAAUAUCUUGCUCGAGUCAAUGAAGAAUCAGGCAAGACAGAAAAUAGAUUUGGAUUAGAGCUGCUUGAAAAGAAACUCUCUUAUAAAAAGAAUCCCAAUCAAGAUAUUAACAAGUUAAAUUUACUCGAUCAAGGUCGACGUAUUAUUAUAAAAGGCGCACUCAAAAGAAACAACAGUUCUACCAAUUCUUCCAGUGAAUCUUCAGAACUGCAAGUCUAUGUUUUGGAUCAUUACUUGCUCAUCAUCAAAUCCAAAUAUUUUGAACACACAGAACAUUUUAAGUUGUAUCGCAAGCCUAUUCCUUUGGCAUUGCUUGCUAUUGCGUUACCAGAUCAAGGAGGAAGGCGAUCAAGUUCUAUGUUUCCUUACAACCGACCCAGCACAGGUUCUUAUUAUUCAGCAGGCAGUAGCAGUGAUUUUUUGCCUUCUCCUUUGACCUCUUAUUCUUCGUCUUCAGCUACCAGUCAGAAAUCAGGUGGUUAUCCCAUCAGCUUUAUUCAUCUAGGGCGUCAUGGUUCAGGCACGACGACAUUGUAUGCGCCCACUUUAGCUAGUCGAAGAAAAUGGAUGGAUGCCAUUGAAAAUCAUCGAUUGUCCAUCAUGGAAAAACGUCAAAUGUUUCAUAUUCGUACCAUUAGCCAUCAAUACUUUAAUUCGUUCAACAAGGUCAAUUGUGCUAUUCCAUAUGGUACCUGUAUUCUGUUUGGUUGUGAUCAUGGUAUUUACUUGAAAAGAAAGCCUGCCCAGAGGCUCUCAGAAGAAGAAGAAGACGAGGAGGAGGAUAUCAUCAAGAUCUUGCCACUUGAAAAAGUUUCUCAGAUGGAUAUCUUACAGGAUCUUCGAUUGAUGUUGGUAUUAGCUGACAAACAGUUUUAUACGUUCUCGUUGGACCUAUUGUUUGACGAAGAAGAUCGGUUGUUGAUGUCUCCUUCUGUCUUUGUGAGUUCCAGUUCCUCUCCCAUUUCGUAUGACAAGACUAAAUCACUAAGUGAAAACAUCAAGCAUGCUACUGUAUCCCAUAGUAGCAACACAAGUAUAAGUAGUCAUAGUAGUCACAGCAACGAUACGGCCAAUACAUCACCUAUCACCUCAACCAAGAAGCUUCAUCUUAAAAAACUCGGUAGCAAUAUUUCGUUCUUUAGAGUAGGUUGUGUCUACGACAAGACCAUGGCUGUUGAGCGUCUACUGGUCUGCCUUGUAAAAUACAAUGCCAUGACAUCCACCAUUCGAGCUUUAGAGCCACAAGAAGGAACAAUAGAAAAGAAGAAAAAGAAAAAGAAAAGACAAUCAGCCAAUCUGGGCCUUUUUUUGCGAAACUCGAGUGAUGUUCUUAAAGUAUUCAAGGAUCUUUAUAUUCCGGGUGAAGCCACCUCCUUACAGUAUUUCAAAAAUGUCAUUUGCGUGGGAAGUGCCAAAGGGUUUCAAAUGGUGGAUAUUGGUUCUACUGGUGUACAAAGUGUAUUGGAUCCAAGUGAUGAAAAUCAUGAUUUUAUUAGCCAGAGAGAAACUUUGAGACCUGUGUCGAUGUUUAGACAUCCUGAUGGUUGUAUUAUGCUUUGCUAUAAUGAAAUCGCUUUUUAUAUUGACAAAAAAGGACGCAGGGUACGACCAGAUUGGCUCAUCAAUUGGGAAGGACAUCCUCUAUCUUUUGUCUAUCAUUACCCGUAUAUACUCGCUUUUGAUUCUAGCUUUAUCGAAAUUCGACAUGUAAAUACAGGUGAACUUGUUCAGAUUAUUCCUGGACACAAUAUUCGUUCUUUACAGCUUGAGGCAACUGAAAUUAUCUUUUGUGUUAUGGAUGAUAUUCGUACAGGCAAUGAAUAUGUUUUUAGUUUGAAUUGCAUAGUAUGAUAUAUAUAUAUAUAUAUUUAUAACAAAAAAUUCAAUUUUUUAAAAUAAAAAAAAAGGGUGUUUAACGACGCUUCAG